GAAGAAGAAAUGUGUGCCACCCGGAAACCCUUCCGGGUCAUGUUUCAGUUCCACAGAGUGUAAAUAUAUGAAGUCAAAGAUUAUAAAAACAGCACUCUACUCACUUUUAAUCGGUUUAAGUGGAUUAAGUAUGUGUACCAGCUGACAGAUGAUUUAAUUUUAUGGUUAUUUAAAGAACAAAAAGAAAAACAUGGCGUCAGGAGGCUCGAAGAAAAUGAGGCCCAGGGAGCUCCCCCCUCUUCCACAGAGAGGACAACGAGCACUUCCCACAAUGCCAAGCCAAGACACAGCUGGAGAUGUACCAGCACCAAAACACAAGAAGAAGAGAGGGAGGAAGGAGACAAAUGGAGUGGAUGAUGUGGAUGAUCAGGGGAUGGAGAUGGGAGGCGUCGGCAGCCGGAGGGAAUCUGAGGUUGGAGAGCAACUCACACUUGAAGCCACAUCAGACGGACCGCCACAGAGGAGGAAGAAGAAAAAGAAAACUACAGUGAUAGAUCUGGAAGAUGACCAAGCCGAACUUGUGAAUGGAGACACUGCGGAUCAGACAACAGAUGGAGAAGAAGUGGUCAAAAAGACAAGGAAAAAGAAGAAAUCAAAAGUCAUUGAAUCACAGCUUCCUGAUGAGCUCGAUGUAGCAGAGGAUGAUAUCGUUACCGACACACCUCCUCCGAUUCCCCAGCAUUCUCUGUUCACGGCCCCGCAGGGUCAGAGCCAGCCGGUGGGGAAAGUCUUUGUGGAGAGGAACAAACGUUUCCAGCCUGCCGACCGCUCAGACUGGAGGAAAACCAGCGUCCAGAUGGAUAACAUCACUGAAUUUCAUCAUGUUCAGCCGCUCUGGACCACCAGAGAUGUUUCUGUCAGAGUACACGAAGGCUUCAGGGUGUUUGGUCUGUACUGUCACGGCUUCCUCGCAGGCUACGCGGUUUGGAACAUAGUGGUGGUGUACAUGCUAGCCGGGCAGCAGCUCACCGCUCUGUCCAACCUGCUGGAGCAGUACCACAGCCUGGCUUACCCCUCCCAGUCUCUACUCUACAUGCUGCUCGCCAUCAGCACGGUGGCUGCCUUCGACAGAGUGAACCUGGCCAAAGGCUCCAUGGCUCUGCAGGAGUUCAUGACACUGGAACCCAUCGCUCUGGCCUCCUUCUUGUAUUUCUCUGCGUUGGUCCUCUCUCUGAGCCAGCAGAUGACCAGCGACAGAAUUAACCUGUACCCCGCCUUCAACGCCACUUUAUGGCCACCAGGGUCAGAGCACCAGAUUCUUCAUCCAUGGGUGACAGUCAACCUUGUGGUGGCUCUGCUGGUGGGGUUGGCCUGGAUAUUCAUUGCUACCCGACCAGAGAAGGACUACACAGAAAGUUAUCUGAAGGCCAUGGAGAUCGAGCCAACCAAACCAGAGGACAAAUCAGAAAUGACCGCCUGAGAAGAAAAAUCUGUAUACCUGCUUAGACACUGAGACUCUACAGCUUUAUUGUCUUUUUGCACACAUUUUUAUGCUGUAAUUUUUUUUACUUUGAACUCUGAAUGUGUUGUAGAUUAUUUUUAUAUUUCUGGAAUGUGAUGUACUGUAUGUGUUGUCUCUUUUAUACAGUUUAUCCUACAAAUCCAGCAGUGUUUCUCUGUUAUUUGAUUGAAUAAAUAAGAUGCUUAUACACCAGAGUGAAGUCAA